CGCCAUCACGCCCAAAGCGGUCAAGUUCGUAGCUGUGGCCGGCACCGUGCCCCCCGCGCUGUCCUGCCCCGUUGUCUGUCCACUCAGCGCGAUCAACCCGCUCGGUGGCCCGGAGGCUGCGACAGGCCACAACAAGACAAGCCUAAGCUUAGGACCGAGCGGGCUGUGUGCUGCAGGGGCCGCGCAAUAUUCAAUUAGGUGCGUUCUCGUCUGGAGCCGGAGCUCUCUGUCUUCUCCCAUCGACUCGCCCAAGGCCUGUGACCGUCGCCACGCGCGAGCACGAAGCUAUCGGGUAUCCACCAGCUCACGUAUUCUCCUUCGCCUUCGCAGGCCUCGCACCUCCCGCAGAGACUCCACUGCGGCGUUAGGGCACCAAAGCGUUUGGGACGCACGGGACGUCCAACUUGACCGACGCACCGACCGCUUUCCUGCGACCCUCGCACCGCCGCUCCCUAUACUUCAGCUUUGCCCGCUCGCCGACACACCCCUCGCCAGCCGCGUCCCUGGCCCGUCGCCUGCCCUGGGCCCUCGACUCCCCGCGUCCGACGCGCCCUCGGACGGCCCCCACAGACCACGUCGGCCGCGCGAAUGGCCGCCGCCGUCUUCCUCCACAAUGCCAUCUUCGCCGCAGAGCCACCCUCGCCCCUGCCCGCGAUCGCGGGCACCCACCACCACCACCACCACCGCUCGCCCAACCGCCGCCUGCCGCACGACCGCCAGCUGUCGUCGGUCUCGUCCAUCACGCUCCACGCGUCCGCCUCCGAGCACUCGCACCCGACCGAGUCCCUCAUGCGCCCCUCGGAGAGCGCCGAUGCCGAGUCGACCGCGUAUCUGGACCUGCUCGCGCGCCAGCCGACGUAUCCGGACAGCGUGGGCCACCACGCGCGGGCGAGAGCGCUCAGCCUGCGCGGGGACCCCUUCUCGCUCCGGGAGAGAAGGGUCGCGCACGAGAAGCUGGUGAGGAGGAGGCUGAAGAGGCUGCGGCUCGCGCAGAGGGUGCUCUGGGUCGUCAUCGGCGGUUGGGCCACAUACAAUACGACGCGCUACUACAUCAGCGCGGUCCUGCGGCCAAACCGGGAGCGACAAAUUAUAGCCCUCGUGCUCGGCUCCUGUACCGCGCUGUGUCUCGCUUGCAAUCUCCUCUCUGUCAUCAUCACCGUCUCGGCAGCAUGUUUGGGCUGGUAUUACAGACCACGAUCCAGGCUCAUUCUUCUGAGAUGUUUCCUACAUUAUUGUUCCUCGAUAUCUCUAUUCGCUCCCGCGAUUGUCAACGUUGUCCUCACUAUCAUAUGGAGACAUUCUUCCGACAUAGACAAUAGCAUCCGUGGCAGGUGUCACUGGGAGAUCGACCUCGUCUGGUCAGGGUAUGGUGGUCAGUGCCAAGACUCACCUGCAUGGGGUUUCUGGCUCACAGGCUCCCUCGUACGGCUGAUCCUCACCGCUGGUGUCCUGGCCACGUACCACGCUGUGUCCUACCAGUACAUGGUCACACGACGGCCCUCGCGUCGUCGCCAUACGUCGUCGAUCUUCCGCCACUCUGCCGCCUCGUUCCCGUCGCAUUCAACGGCGACGACGGCAUCGUCGCGCAGCUUCAGGCCACUGUCCACCACGUCCGUCUCUACAGUUCCCGUCUCGUCUCCAUUGGCUGCCGGUAGCCACACAUCCCUCCCACGGAACUCUUCCGGAAACGCGGACGAUGCUGGGCCGCGUACACUUCGCACUGCGAGCUCCCGGAUCAUGGCGGGCGAUCUCGCGUCUUCUGGGGCGUCGAAGGUCAUCCGCAGACCCUCCGCGAAGGGCCUCAGGAACACAGCGGCACAACCGGACGCGGCGAUGCGCACUGCCUCGCCUUCCUCCUCGGAAGGGGCUGAUACGGACGAGGAUGGGGAGGACCGGUACGGGCGGCCCGUCCAACGACGGGUGGGUGGAUACGUUGCCGUGCCUCUUGGUAGCCCACCGCCCAGGGGCGACGGGAGCUCUUGGGACCCCGUUCCGGACUCGGACCUGAACGACUUCGCGACGCAGUUCCGCUCGCUCGUCGAGGAGGUCACGCGCGCCACGAACGACGCCACGGCGCACCCAGACAGCGAUCGCUACAGCUUCCCGGGAUCGUAUAACGAAGGCCGAGACCGAGACCGAAGCGACGCGCACGUCGUGGUGGGCCGGACCAUCCACCGGAUGCCCACUAUUGAGUCGCUGGGUUCACACGAAGUGAUGAGCCUGGCCAGCAAGGGGGGCUUCUCGACGCGCAACUCGACGCGCUCGAACACGCUCAGCACUGCGGACGCGCCGACGAGCCGGAGCGCGAGCCGCGCAAACUCUCUGGAUGCUGCCGUGUCUCUGUCGGUCUCCGUCGACGGGCCCACGGUGCUUGGGAUGGCAGGGGAGAUGGGCGAGUUGGUCCAGACGCCGAGCUCCGCGACGAGCGCAUGCGGGCCGGUCUUCUUUGGGAGCAGGAGCACGUCGGCCUCGUUCCACACUGCGAGAAGUGCGAGCGCGCACACGGACGACCCGGAGGAAGGAUAAGGUGAGCCUCGUAUCGAGCUGGAGCCGUGUUGCGAGGAUGAGUACGCAUUGGGCUAGAUCCGUCACGCAUUCGCUCUGUUCCCAUCUCAUCUCGUCGCACGCAUUGUAUUGUAUUGGCUUUGUCGUUUUCGCAUACAGUUCACCAUCUGUCACACUCACUUGCUUGCUUCGGACUCGGGUCAUGUCGACAUAGACACACAACGGCACCAGGACUCGUAUUGAUUGGACUUCCCCGCAUCCUACUCACGACUGCUCGUUUCUCAAUGUACGAGUCUUUCUCCUGUUUGUACUGUAACACGCCGUACUCACGCACACGACCAGAUACACGCUCUUUUGUACCGUUUGGGCCCAACCCAAUGUAUCAUGCUGAUAUUGCCU